AUGUCGACGCCGCUCCUUCCGGUGUAUUUCGAGCUAAGCUGGUCGAUCUUGAGUACCAUCGGUGCCACCAACGUUAUGCUUGGCUUCCUCAUCGCCGGGAUCACAACCUUCUCCCAGAUAACUGCGGUGCCAAUCGUAUCGUCAGCUGCUGGCGCUAUCGCGAACGGACUCUGCUACUACGCAUUCUACGAUGAGACGUAUUCCCUCAAGAGCAAAGCAGCGGCGUCGGUGUUUGGUGAUAUCUUCUGGAUGAUUCAGGAAGUCGGUUUAUCGUUCUACAGUUACGUUCUUCUCCGAAGAAUCUUAAAGGACUUGGGCUGGAAGAUCUUCAACAGCUUGUUCUGGAUCAUGGUUCUCUCAAUCAUAUCAAUACGCAUCAUGAUCGCCGUCUCGCGCGCCAAAUUUAUCUUAAGAGGCAACACGAACCUGCAGAGCACCGUCAACAACCUACACAUCGGUUACUUUGUUCUCAUAGCUUCGCUCGAGUGUAUCAGCUCCUUUUUCUUGCUCAAGACGUUCGCCGAGGUCAAGUCGACAUCGUUGAGAGCAGCAUUGAAGGGAGGUCUGUUCAAAUAUCUAAUGCGAAGCACUGAAGUCCGGCUUGCGACGCUGGCUUUGGUUGGAACAAUGAGAGCCGUCACAUAUUCUUUUCAAAUUGCUGCUCAGAGUGCUACAAACGCGGCAAGUCAGAUUGACCGCUUCGCUUAUACACUUGAGUGCCUAUUCCCUGUAGUCAUGUUCAUUGACAUCCUGGCAUCUAAACUCGUCUUCACGACACAGGUCUAUCACCCUACACAGCCAAGUCGAUUGCCUAUCCGAGGAUUUGCCUCGUAUCAGAAACAGAAUGAUUGGUAUGCUGCCACACAACACAGCGAGAGACUAGUCGAGGUUCGCGGUGGCAGGCGGACAAGCUCUCAGGAAAACAUUCAUAGCGCUAGCUCGUCCAGAUCCAACAUCGGGCUCGACGGAAUUGAACCGACGUCGCUGGGAGGGAUCAACAAAACGGUGGAGAUCAGCGUGUUGCACUCAAUGCCGGCGAGACCAGACACCCAGGCGCACUUCUUAACAUCUCCAUAG